UCCGUCCCUCUAUCUCAACUAGCACCAAAAUCCAUCUCCGUUCUCUCUCUAUCUCUCACUGCAAAUUCCCAAACCCCCCAAAAUUAUUCAAUUUAUCUCUCUAAGAUGGCGCCGGUUUCUACCUCCUUCGGCGGUGGAAGCCAAUAACGGUGACGCACUUCAGUUGCAUCCACUAAUUAAAAACCCUAACCCUAACCCUAGCGCACUACAUCUCUUCUGCAUAUUCUUAUGUACUCUGAAAAUCUGAUAGUGUCCGCUGAAAACCCUAGACCCUUCGCGUUUCAGCAACAUCUAUCUUCUUCUUCGUCUACUACUACUUCGGCCAACGCGAAACCCAUGAGCAAUGAGAUCGCACAGAAGCCUCCCCCUUCCAUUCUCGUUGGCAGGUUCAAGGCUAUGCUCAAGCAGCGCGACGACGAGCUCAGAGCCACCGCCGGUCACGUGCCGCCUCCGUCUACGGAAGAAAUCGUUCAGCUGUACGAGAUGCUGCUGUCGGAGCUCACGUGCAAUCUGAAGGCCAUUAUCAACGAUCUCACCUUCAUCGCUGAGCAGCAGAGGGAGCAUGCCAGGGGCAUCGCCGACGCUAUCUGCGCUCGGAUUCUGGAGGUGCCUGCAGAGCAAAAGCUUCCUUCACUCUAUCUUUUGGACAGUAUAGUGAAGAACUUUGGACAGGAAUAUGUUAGAUACUUUGCAUUACGCCUGCCCGAAGUUUUCUGUGAGGCAUACAGGCAGGUUCAACCUCAUUUGCACCCUGCUAUGCGCCAUCUCUUUGGCACCUGGUCAAAAGUCUUUCCACCGUCUGUCCUACGCAAGAUUGAAGCUGAGUUGCAACUUUCUCAAGUAGUUAAUAAUAGUCAAUCGUCCAACAUGAAUCCCCUCAGAGCAUCUGAAUCUCCUAGACCAAGUCAUGGCAUACAUGUAAAUCCAAAGUACCUGCGGCAGUUGGAGCGCUCAACUGUGGAUAGUGUUGGUGGUGAAAAGUUUGACAUAUCAGGAAAGGCUAGUAAUACAAAUUUUGGUAUUGUAGCUAAUAAGAUGAAUCAAUUUGUAUCUAGCAGACUUGGAAUAUCCUCUUCUCCUUCAAGAGCUGGUCUAGAUAGGCCUUUGUCAGUAGCAGAUGAGUAUGCAGUUGACAGUUCUUCUGGAAGGAUGGUUGAGAGAGAGUCUCCUCAUAAUUAUGGAGUACCAAGAGUAGUAGGUAGAGAGGAAGAAUUGGGUGAAUGGCAGCGAAAGCAGUACCCUGGUGACGUUCGAAAUCGAUUUCAAACUCCUUUGACAUACAGCCUUAGUAAUGGGCAUCCGCGUCAAAGUCCAAGAGCUUUAAUUGAUGCGUAUGGCAGUGACAAAAGCCAAGAAACUUCAAGCACCAAGCCUCUUAUACUUGAUCGGCUAGAUAGAAAUGGUAUCGACAACAAAGUGACAUCAUGGCAGAAUACUGAAGAGGAGGAGUUUGAUUGGGAAGAUAUGAGUCCAACAUUAGUAGACCAUAGUAGGAAUAAUGGCUUCUUGCAAUCAACUGCUUUUUCCAGGGAUAAGCCUGUUGCAGUAGCAGCUAAUGCAAUUUUGUCAGAGCAAGAUACAAGGAAGGGUUGGUCUGGUGGGUCUCAGCUUCCUCCAGUAGAUGAUUCUUCUGUCAUAGCAGCAGAUGCAUUUCCCCAUUCAGUUUAUGGUCGUGUAUCCAUGGGGCAGGUAUCUGGUUUCCAAAAUCAAAUAAACCAGAGUCUGGGUUCCCGUCCACCUCAUGAUGCUUGGAAGGUCUCUCAAUCACAAACCAUGCUUAAUAUUAGGGGCCGAGGAAGAACUCUUUUGAUGCCUCCUAUUGAUAACAAUCCCAAUAAUGAUGUAAACCCCUAUGGGAUUCGACCUGCAGUGUCAAGGAUGGUUUCUGGUAUUGCCUCUAAUGUAGAGCCUCGUCCACCAGUUUUGCCUGGAUCUUUUGAAAUAAGACCUUCUGUAACUGUUCAUGGCACUCGUCCUCCCACCUUAAAUCCAAUAUUUCCACCGCAAAAACAUGUUAGAAGUCAAUUUGAUGCAAUAAAUACCAGUAAUCCCAUUAUGAAUCAUGGCCCAAAUAAAUCUCUGUUCAUGCCUGAACAGCCAGGGCUGGACACUGUUGAAAACAGGGAUGCCAGUAAAGGAAAGAUACAUCAGUUGCCUAAUCAGCUGGCUGGAUUGCUUCCAUCCAACCUGCAAAACUUUGGACAAACACCACAACAUUUUUUCCCAUCUCGGGAUCCAUCAUCCUCACAAUUUGGUCAUGGGAACUCUCUGCAAGGACUUGGUCCUUCUUUAAGUGCAGCUAUGUCAAAUCCAUUACCUAUUACACAGUUGCCUUUACCAGUCCAAGGUAUUGCAAAUAAUUCCUUACAAUUACAGGGGGGAGUCCAUCCACCUUUACCUCCAGGUCGCCCUCCUGCUCCUUCUCAAAUGAUACCACAUCCAAACGCUGGUCCAUAUGUAUCAAACCAACAGCCGGCUGUUGCAUAUACUAAUUUAAUUAGUUCGCUUAUGUCCCAAGGCGUAAUCUCAUUGGCUAAUCAACCCUCUGGACAGGAUUCUGUUGGAACUGAGUUUAAUCCAGAUAUUCUGAAGAUUCGUCAUGAGUCUGCAAUCAGUGCCUUGUAUGGAGAUCUCCCUAGACAAUGCACGACUUGUGGACUAAGAUUCAAAUGCCAAGAGGAGCACAGUAGUCAUAUGGAUUGGCAUGUAACAAAGAACAGGAUGUCCAAAAGUCGCAAACAGAAGCCUUCUCGUAAGUGGUUUGUGAGUGACAGGAUGUGGCUUAGUGGUGCGGAGGCACUGGGAACAGAAUCGGUUCCGGGUUUUCUGCCAACUGAGACCGUAGAAGAAAAAAAAGAUGAUGAAGAGUUGGCAGUGCCAGCUGAAGAGGACCAGAAUACAUGUGCAUUAUGUGGUGAGCCUUUCGAUGAGUUUUACAGUGACGAAAUGGAGGAAUGGAUGUAUAGAGGAGCUGUAUACCUCAAUGCACCCACCGGAGCAACAGUGGGCAUGGACAGGUCGCAGUUAGGUCCCAUUAUUCAUGCCAAAUGCAGAUCAGACACUAAUACGUCCCCCUCUGAAGAUUUCGCGUUGGAUGAAGGGGGUGCCAAUGAAGAGGGCGGCCAAAGAAAACGAAUGCGGAGUUGACCAGUUUUGCGCACUGUAACUUAAAUAAUUUUUCCAAUAGUGAGCUGCUCUUACAUAAUUUUUUAGAGUAGAGAUGAAGCUUUGCAAUUGCUUGGCCUCCCUGCCAAAAUCAUGUACAUGUAUAGUUGGGUUGUUUAACAUGCAUAUUUUCUCUUCCUUUUUUUUUUCUCUUGUAGUCAAAGUCUACUUGUUAGCCUGCUAAUAUCUCCUUUCCGGCAAUAUUAAUAGUUACAUACAGUACUAUAUUAUUAUAUCUGGGAUGGGGGUUUUUGAAACAAUGAAUAUGAAUGUGUUAGUUCA